UGUCAUUUCUGUGUUCGACAUCCAGACUCGUAUCUUCAUCAUCUCUUUAGUUUUCAAACAAUGUAUAACUCUGCAUAAACUCAAACUAGUACUACUAUAUCAUCAUCACCUCGACUAAAUUAGAACAUCAUUAUCCUUCAACCCCUUCUCUUUACUUCCUUCCAUUUCAGGAAAUAGAUGUAAUCCUUCUUCCUUUUUUAAUAUUUCUGUCGGCUAAUCUUUAAGAUCAUCCUCCAAGAACCACAUCAAUUUGGUGAAUAAACACUAUAGAUCCCUCCUCUUAAAUCAAGGUUUGAGAAUCUUUUGAAGAAGACAAGAGUAGAUGGAGAUGAUGAAUCUCAAAAGAAACACGUUUGUAAAGUUUACUGAAAAUGAAGAUUCUUGGAACAGACCUUCAGUAACUUCUGUUAUUAAAAAAACAGUUAGACGUAGUUUUGAGAAAGGCUCAGAGAAGAUCAGAAACUUUAAGCAGCAGCCAUUAACGUUUCAUUCUCAAAAGAAGAAUGAGAACAAGAAAAAGAUAAUACGAGUGAUGAACCCUAACGACUCUUAUCUUCAAAACUGGAACAAGAUUUUCUUGCUCCUUUGUGUUGUAGCGUUAGCAUUUGAUCCUCUGUUUUUCUUCAUCCCCGUGGUGGAUCCAGGCAGAUUCUGUCUUAAACUAGACAAGAAACUCGAGGCAGUGGCUUGUGUUUUCCGCACUUUCAUCGACGCUUUCUAUGUGGUUCACAUGUUGUUUCAGUUUAAUACUGGCUUCAUUGCUCCUUCUUCUCGUGGUUUUGGAAGAGGAGAGCUUGUUCAGAGUUAUAAAAAAAUCGCUGUGAGAUACCUCAAGUCAUACUUUAUAAUCGAUGUUCUUUCUAUUCUCCCUAUUCCUCAGGUAGUUGUUCUAGCUGUUGUUCCAUCGAUGGGUCGACCUGCGUCACUGGUAACAAAAGAGCUACUGAAAUGGGUAAUAUUUUGUCAGUAUGUUCCAAGGAUUGCACGAAUCUAUCCGCUUUUUAAAGAAGUAACAAGAACGUCCGGUUUGGUAACUGAGACUGCAUGGGCUGGAGCUGCUCUAAACCUAUUCCUCUACAUGUUAGCUAGCCAUGUCUUUGGAUCUUUUUGGUACUUGAUAUCGAUUGAAAGGAAAGAUAGAUGUUGGCGUGAAACAUGUGCUAAGAUAAAAGGUUGCAUUCAUGCGUACUUAUACUGUUCGGGUGGGGAAGACAAUAGCCAGUAUUUAAUAGGUUCUUGCCCGUUGAUGGACCCAGAGGAGAUUAAAAACUCGACUGUUUUCAACUUCGGUAUAUUCGCUGAGGCAUUGCAGUCUGGAGUCGUGGAGUCAAUGGACUUCCCUAAGAAGUUUUUCUAUUGUUUCUGGUGGGGUCUUCGCAACCUUAGUGCUCUGGGCCAAAACUUGAAGACAAGUGCCUUUGAAGGAGAGAUCAUUUUCGCGGUCAUCAUUUGUAUCUCUGGACUAGUUUUGUUUGCUCUUCUCAUAGGAAACAUGCAGAAAUAUUUGCAAUCAACUACGGUAAGAGUUGAGGAAAUGAGGGUGAAAAGGAGAGAUGCAGAGCAAUGGAUGUCUCACCGUAUGUUACCAGACGAUCUGAGAAAACGUGUACGUAAAUACGAACAGUAUAAAUGGCAAGAAACCAGAGGAGUUGAGGAAGAAGUUCUUCUCUCCAGUCUUCCAAAAGAUCUCAGAAAGGACAUUAAACGCCAUCUUUGCUUGAAUAUGCUCAAAACGGUGCCGUGGUUUAAAGCUAUGGAUGAUCGGUUACUAGACGCACUUUGUGCACGUUUGAAACCGGCUCUCUACACGGAGAACAGUUACAUUGUGCGUGAAGGUGAACCACUUGAGGAUAUGGUGUUUAUAAUGAGAGGAAAGUUAACUAGCACAACCACUUAUGGCGGCAAAAGCGGAUUCUUCAAUUCGGUUAGCUUGGGUGUUGGUCAAUUCUGUGGAGAUCUUCUCACAUGGGCACUAGAUCCAAACACUUCUCACUUCCCUAUCUCUACUAGCACCGUUCAAGCUCAGACAGAAGUCGAAGGCUUUGUUCUCUCAGCUGAUGAUCUCAAAUUUGUUGCUACUCAGUAUCGUCGCAUCAAUAGCAAGCAACUACGGCACAUGUUCAGGUAUCACUCAGUGCAGUGGCGAACAUGGGCAGCAUGUUUUAUACAAGCAGCAUGGAAGAGAUAUUGUAGAAAGAAGCUCUCAAGGGCUUUACGUGAAGAAGAAGAAAGACUAGAAAAUACUCUUCAGACCGAUGAUUCAGGAGGCAAUAAACUUAACUUAGGUGCUGCGAUUUAUGCGUCUAGGUUUGCUUCUCAUGCUCUGAGGAAUGUAAGGGCGAAUGCAGCAGCACGCAACUCUAUGCUUCCUCAUAUGCUAUCUUUAUUGCCUCAGAAACCAGCUGAUCCUGAGUUUCCUAUGGAUGAAACCUAAUCUUGUGUACAUAUAGAAAUAAAGAAUGUCCGUAGUGAUUUCAAAUAAUUACGUAAACAGUUUUUUUUUUUUAAUUGUGCCCACAAAGCAUUUAUUAGCAAAUGGUCCAUUUAAUUUGUUAUC